GAUGUUCAUCCAAAUACUUCCAAUAUGAAAAUGGGGAAUUUCUGGGUUUUCCAGAACCAAUGCAUGUAUCUCUUCUUCAUUUUCAUUUCCCUAAGCAAUAACUUUACCCUAUCUUUGCAGCAGCAGAAUCCCAGCAAUGAAGUGAUGGCAUUGUUGGGUUUCAAGCAAAAAUCUGUUGCUGCUGAUCCCCAAGGUUUCCUCAAUGAUUGGAGAUUAGAAUCUUUAACUCCAUGUUCGUGGCGAGGUGUCUCGUGUUCUUUGCAUGGAAAAGUUAAUAUGCUUAACUUCACCGGCGCUGGUCUAACGGGUUGUCUGCAUAUGGAUGAUCUCAUGGUCCUGGAUAGUCUCAAACAUCUCCACUUGAGUGGAAAUUUAUUCUCUGGUAAUUUCUUCCCAAUGCUUGAAUUCAAGAACUGUGCUAAUCUUGUGGCCCUUAACUUGUCUAAUAAUUCUCUUUACGGUACUGGAAUUCCUCGAAGCUUGAUUAACUGUCAGCUUCUUGAGACCCUUGAUGUCUCCUUUAACAAGCUGGAGGGUAAAAUUGCAGCUUUUUUGGGGAAUUUGAGGAAUUUGAAGCAUUUGAAUUUAGGUCAGAACACCUUUUCCGGCAAUAUCCCACAGGAAAUGGGUUCUAUGUGUGGGACUCUAAUAGAGCUUGACCUCUCCGGAAACGAACUUUCGGGUGGUUUCCCCGAGACAUUCAAGUCAUGCAAUGGCUUGCAAAGGCUCAACCUUGGAAGCAAUCAGCUUUCAGGAAAUUUCCUCACUACAGUCAUUAGUUAUCUUCCUAGUUUGCAAAUCCUCCAAGUUCCAUUCAACAACAUUAGUGGUUUCAUUCCGGUGUCUCUCAUAAACCAUACUAAGCUUCAAGUUCUUGAUCUUAGUUCUAAUGGCUUCGAUGGCAACAUACCCUCAGGGCUAUGCUCCAAUUCCUCUCUACGAAGAUUACUCCUUGCAGACAAUUUUCUGUCAGGAACAAUACCAGCAGACAUUGGGAACUGUAAGAGAAUGGAGAAGAUUAACUUUGCUCGGAACCAUUUAAGCGGACAGAUCCCAUCGGAAGUUUGGAAGCUAUCAAAUGUUCAUGACUUCGUUAUGUGGGGGAAUAACUUAUCUGGUGAAAUCCCAAAGGACAUAUGCUCGGGAACUCAAACCUUGGAGAAGCUUGCUCUCAACAACAAUGGCUUCACUGGGAACAUUCCUGCAUCAAUCAUUAAUUGUGCAAAUCUUUCGUGGUUGUCACUUUCAUUUAAUCAACUCACUGGAACUAUCCCUGCUGGUCUUCACAACCUACAAAACUGAGCAUUUUACAGUUAAGUUAUAACUCAUUUUCUGGGAACGUUCACACAAUUGAUUUUGGUAGUUUCAAAAACCUCAUAUGGCUUGAUUUGGGUAGCAAUCAGUUUACAGGUCAAAUUCCACCGAAUCUCGCAGCCCAAAAACGCUUUGAUCCCAUUUUUAGUUUGAGUUCUAAAGGUGGAUAUAUGUUCUUGAGAGAUAAAGGAAGAAGUGAUUGCAGGAUGAGAAAUAGUUUAAUUUACUCUGAAGGAAUCAGUGAAGCAAAGUUGCAGGAAAGCUUUGAGUCCAAUUCUUGUUCUUUGAUAACAAUAUAUAAUUGGCCAAAUCACAUGAUAAAAACAAGUACCGGAACCAUCCUCUUUAUGGAUCUUUCUUUCAAUCAUCUUUCUGGUACUAUUCCAGACAACAUUGGUUCCAUGUCCAAUCUGCAUGUUUUGGAAUUGUCACACAACAGAUUAACUGGAAAUAUUCCUGAUACCUUUGAGGGUUUAAAAGAAGUUUGUUUGCUUAACCUAUCUUACAAUUAUCUUCAAGGCAGGCUUCCAGGAUCCUUGGGG